GGCUGGCAUUACCAUUCAUGAUCCUUUGUCUGCGACAGUGUUUAGGCUCGCAACCAUUUCUAUGGUUUGCACUAACUUAAAAAGACCUAUGUCGUGCCUUUCCCAAAGGUAUCUCUCAUCAAGACUUAGCUCUGGCAUUGCCAUAUAACAGACCUUUUUAUUGUCCCGAGAAAAAUGCAGUCGCCGUUAUUUCCCCGCCGCUCCCUUGAGCCCAUUUCAGAAGAAAUCUCUCCCACAGAUUACGAAAUUUUACGCUGUGGUGGCACGUCAUCCAGCCUUGAAAGACUUCCCUCCCGGUUGCAGCAAUCGAAACGAGCAUCUACAGAUCUUCGCCAACAGCUCGAGAAACUCGCAUAUGAGGCCAGCUACCUGCGGGCUGAAUUGUAGUGGCAAAAGGAGUUAAAGCAAGCCCUGCUACACUUCCGGGAAGAAAUUUUCGGAGUGUUUCACUUGUUGGAAGACGCCCUUGUUCAAGUGACUAUAAGGCUCCGCGAUUCCGAGCAAAGAUAUAUUAGUCUUUGGGGACGUUCAUCGGGUGGUGACGAAGAUGGAGGAAUGAUUUAAGAUGAUUUGAUUGAUAUAUGUUAUGCGUCUCCAAUCAAGCGACGCUGAGGAGGGAAAGACAAUGAAAGUUCUAUGCAGACAGAAUAUAGUGGAAUGGUACAUAUGGACAAUACCAAAUCCAACCAGCACCAGCUUUGAUAAAAAAUGAAGUUAAAUUU